CCCAUCACCCCGCCCCGGGCUGCCCGGGAGAGGAGCGGGAUGCGCCGGGCGGGAACCCGCCGCUCCAACUGCCGGAGGGGGAAAAUGAGGUGGCUGCUGGUUUCCCUUCCGUCUGACAGCUGAACGAUUAUUAUUGUUUUAGGUUGUUUUUCCUCCAGGUUUUCACGGUCAGCACUGGGGGAGCCGGGAAUUUUUGUGGCCGCUAGCAGGUUUUUGUUUAAAUUUGCUGUCAGUGGACGUUUCUCCUUCAGCUCCAGCAUCGUUGUCCUGUUCACAGCUAUUAAGGCUUAAGAAGCUUGAUUCGCUAAGGCUCGUAUCCAAGGGCAUCAGUCAUUAACACACUGAGCUACAUCUGCUUCUUGGCUAAGACUGAAGAAAGACAUCUUAAGCUGGAAAUCCUGCUCACUCGCUCGCUCUCUAGUGCAUGCGGAAGGGGAAGCAUAUGCAGCAGCAGGUUCCUUUUUUUUUUUCCCUUCCAAAAGGCUGCCUCACUUCGGAGAUGCAGUGACAAGAUAAUGGAGUGAAAGUCUUCCGUUUUCAGGGAAGAACGUUACAGCAAUCGGCCAGAGAAAGGAAGGAGCAAGUUAACAGCAGAAAUAGGAAGGAGGACAGUGGUGAAAAACUGAAAAUAGAAUUAGAGGAAACAGGUGGAAGGCUGGCAUAAAGGCAGGAGAUCCUCGAGACUGAAGUGGUCUGUGCUGGUGUGCUUUUGUUCUGUUAUUUUAUUUUUUUUAUUAUCAUUUUUAUUGCUGCUUUUCUUGCCUAAGCUGGUUUUGGAGAUCCCUGCAGUGAACGAGACUUUUAGUGUAGAGCAGCUUCCCCAACGUGUCUUUUUUCUCUUCCUGCCUGCUGUCUCUGCUGUUGCUGCUGCUGACAGAAACGUGUUAGGAAAGCAGAAAGAGAAGAUGCCAGCCAUCCUGGUAGCCUCCAAAAUGAAAUCGGGACUACCUAAACCCGUACACAGCGCUGCUCCGAUCCUGCACGUCCCAACGGCCAGGGCCAUCCCACAGCCCUGUUACCUGAAGUUUGGCAACAAGGUGGAGGUGACGAAGCCAUUGUAUUCCAGCCAGAUUCCUCUCAAAUCUCCUAAUGGACAAGAAAACACAGGAGAUGGACUCCCACCAAGGAAGAGUAGCUCGGUAGAAAAUGGAUUUGACACUCAGAUUUAUACUGAUUGGGCUAAUCACUAUCUAGCAAAAUCUGGCCACAAGAGAUUGAUAAAGGACCUACAGCAAGAUGUGACUGAUGGAGUCUUGUUAGCUGAAAUAAUCCAGGUUGUAGCAAAUGAAAAGAUUGAAGACAUCAAUGGCUGCCCAAAAAACAGGUCUCAAAUGAUUGAAAACAUAGAUGCGUGCCUGAGUUUCCUGGCUGCCAAGGGAAUUAACAUCCAGGGGCUGUCGGCAGAAGAAAUCAGGAAUGGGAAUCUGAAGGCUAUCUUGGGCCUUUUCUUCAGUUUAUCUCGCUACAAGCAACAGCAGCAGCAGCAGCCACAGAAGCAACACCCACAGCACUAUCCGUCCCAGCAGCCUCCCCCAGUAUCCCAGCAAGCAGGGCCUCCACCCCAGUGCCAGGUUGGGGUACCCCAGCAGCCGGUACCAGCUUCGCUCCAGACUCCGUGCCAACAGCCCCCUCAAGCUGCGCAGCAUCAGUUCAAAGCACAACCAGAAAUGCAGUCCAGUGCAUCUCCCAGGGACUCAUCUCAAAGCAAAAUCAUCCGAUUCACUCUUGGUCAGAAAAAGUCUUCUAGACUUCCAGGCCCCACCACGAGGGUGUCCACUGCAGGCAGUGAGGCCAAAGCUCGUGGUUCUCUUAGUGCCAACAAUCGACGCAGCCAGAGCUUUAACAACUACGACAAGUCUAAGCCUGGCCUUCCCCCCCAGACACCAACAAGCAGCAAUGACAAAGAACCUGCAGACAGUCCAACCUCCCAGCCCACAGGAAUGAAUGAAAAUGUCUCAUCCUCAGUUCAAAGCUGCAGCGGUACUGUUGGUUGCAAUAACUCCUCAGCCAUCCCUCAGCCCAGCUCUGCUAUUAAACCUUGGCGCAGCAAGUCCCUUAGCGCGAAGCACACAGCGACGUCUUCCAUGCUCUCCGUAAAGCAGCCCCCAGCAGAGCCUCCGAAGCCACCCUCAGAGAUCUCCAAAACGGCUCCCAACAAUCAAAAAUCCAUGCUGGAAAAACUAAAGCUCUUCAAUAGCAAAGGAGGCUCCAAAGCAGGGGGGACAGCACUCGAGUGUCCAGGGUCUCGGGACAACAGCUGCGAAAAGCUAGAGGCGCUUCUCAGCUUGGAGGAAGGCGAAGAAAUCGAUGCCACCAAUCAGAAUGUGAACAAUCCGGGAUCUGUGUCCAGUAGUCCCAAAAUUGCACUCAAGGGAAUUGCACAAAGGACUUUCAGUCGGGCACUAACUAAUAAGAAAAGUUCUCCAAAGGGUAAUGAGAAGGAGAAAGAUAAACAGAAGGAGAAAGAAAAGGAUAAAAGCAAAGACGUUGCAAAGAGAACAUCCAUCACUGAGAAGCUGGACCUGAGAGAGGAACCAAAAGAGGAACAGACAGCAGCAGCAACCACAGAGAUGCCAAAAAAGUCCUCCAAGAUUGCCAGCUUUAUCCCAAAAGGAGGAAAGCUGAACAGUGCCAAGAAGGAGGCCUCUGCCCCUUCGCACAGUGGAAUACCAAAACCAGGAAUGAAAAACACCACAGGGAAAUCCUCAAGUGCCCCCGCUCCUGCGAAGGAAGGCGAGAGAAGCCGCGUCGGGAAAGCCGGCUCCGGGCUGCCUCAUCAGAAGUCUCAGCUGGACAGCAGGCACUCCAGCUCCUCCUCCAGCCUGGCCUCCUCAGAAGGGAAAGGCGUAGGAGGCCUCAACAGCAGCAGCAGCAGCCAAGCUGUCAAUGGCCCCACCACAACGACACACACCACAGGGAGCAACACUGUGAGUGUUCAGCUACCUCAUCCCCAGCAGCAAUACAGCCACCCGAACACUGCCACCGUAGCUCCUUUCAUGUACAGAUCACAGACAGACAAUGAAGGGAACGUGACGGCUGAGGCCAGCACAGGAGGGGUCAGCAUGGAGUCUGCUCUGUACGUCAAAACUGCACAGCCUGCUCUCGAAGACCUCUCAGGAGAGGAUCCAGAAACUCGGCGGUUACGAACCGUGAAGAACAUUGCUGAUCUUCGGCAGAACUUGGAGGAAACUAUGUCCAGUUUGCGGGGAACCCAGGUCACGCACAGCACGCUGGAAACGACGUUUGACACCAACAUCACGACCGAGAUCAGCGGCCGCAGCAUCCUCAGCCUGACAGGCCGCCCUACCCCUCUGUCCUGGAGACUGGGCCAGUCCAGCCCUCGCCUGCAGGCAGGCGACGCUCCCUCGCUGGGCAACGGCUACCCGCCGCGCGCCAACGCCAGCCGCUUCAUGGGCACCGAGCCCGGGCGCUACAUGUACGCCGCGCCCCUGCGCAGGCAGCUGGCAUCGCGCGGCACCAGCCUCUGCCACGUGGACAUCGCGGACAAGGGUGGCGAUGAGAUCGACCUGGAGGGCAUCGCCAUGGAUGCCACCGGCUACAUGAGCGACGGGGAUGUGCUGGGCAAGAAUAUCAGAGCGGAUGACAUCACCAGCGGGUACAUGACCGACGGAGGCCUGGGUCUGUACACGCGGCGGCUGACGCGGCUGCCGGGGCUGCCAGACGGCAUGGCUGCUGUGAGGGAGACCCUGCAGCGCAACACCUCCCUGGGGCUCGGAGAUGCUGACAGCUGGGAUGACAGCAGCUCCGUCAGCAGUGGGAUCAGUGACACGAUAGAUAACCUCAGCACUGAUGACAUUAACACCAGCUCCUCUAUCAGCUCCUAUGCCAACACACCUGCCUCCUCCCGCAAAAACCUAGAUGCCCAGACUGAUGCAGAAAAGCAUUCCCAAGUUGAGCGGAAUUCCUUGUGGUCUGGUGAUGAAGUCAAGAAAUCAGACGGAGGAUCUGAUAGCGGCAUAAAAAUGGAGCCAGGAUCUAAGUGGAGGCGGAAUCCCUCUGAUGUGUCAGAUGAGUCUGAUAAAAGCACUUCUGGUAGGAAGAACACUGUUAUUUCACAGACGGGCUCCUGGAGACGGGGCAUGUCAGCUCAGGUUGGCAUUACCACACCAAGGACUAAACCUUCAACCACCUCAGGCACAUUAAAGACACCUGGAACAGGGAAAACUGAUGACGCCAAGGUUUCAGAAAAGGGUAGACUAUCUCCUAAGGCUGGACAUGUUAAACGUUCCCCAUCAGAUGCAGGACGCAGCAGUGGUGAUGAAUCCAAAAAGCUUCCCACGAGUAACUCUAGGACAGCUGCUGCUAAUGCUAAUACAUUUGGAUUUAAGAAACAGAGCGGGUCAGCUGUGGGCAUGACUAUAAUCACUGCCAGUGGGGCAACUAUCACCAGUAGAUCGGCUACCCUGGGAAAAAUCCCAAAGUCAUCUGGACUCAUGGGUAGGACCACUGGUCGGAAGACUAGUGUUGAUGGCUCACAGAACCAGGAUGAUGGCUACUUAGCACUUAGUGCCCGAACUAAUCUUCAGUAUCGUAGUUUACCUCGGCCCAGUAAAUCCAGUAGCAGAAGCGGAGCUGGGAAUAGAUCUAGCACGAGUAGCAUAGACUCCAACAUAAGCAGCAAGUCAGCUGGGUUGCCAGUCCCUAAAAUGAGAGAGCCAGCCAAGGUAAUCCUUGGGAACUCUCUGCCAGGAUUAGUCAAUCAAACUGAUAAAGAGAAAGGGAUUUCGUCUGACAACGAAAGCGUGGCCUCAUGUAAUUCUGUUAAAGUGAACCCCUCGUCACAGCCUGCUUCUAGUGGAGCUCAGAGUACCCACCAGCAAGGAGCCAAGUACCCCGAUGUGGCCUCUCCCACUUUGCGCAGACUUUUUGGUGGCAAGCCUAACAAACAAGUUCCCAUCACAACAGCUGAAAACAUGAAAAAUUCAGUAGUCAUCUCCAACCCUCAUGCUACCAUGAACCAGCAGGGUAAUCCUGACUCCCCAUCUGGCAGUGGCAUGCUGAGCAGUGGGGGCAGCAGUCCUCUGUACAGUAAAAACACAGAUCUGAACCAGUCUCCACUAGCUUCUAGUCCCAGUUCAGCACAUUCAGCUCCUUCCAACAGCUUAACUUGGGGCACGAACGCGAGCAGCUCUUCUGCUGUUAGCAAGGAUGGCAUUGGAUAUCAGUCUGUCAGCAGUCUUCAUACCAGCUGUGAAUCCAUUGACAUCUCUCUGAGCAGUGGAGGUGGGCUGAGCCACAACUCCUCCACUGGCCUGAUUCCAGCCUCUAAAGAUGAUUCUCUGACUCCCUUUGUCCGAACCAACAGUGUUAAGACGACGCUGUCUGAAAGCCCUCUUUCCUCCCCUGCUGCUAGCCCCAAAUUCUGCCGCAAUACUUUGCCCAGGAGACAGGACAGCGACCCACAUCUUGAUAGGAACACUUUGCCUAAGAAGGGACUCAGAUACACUCCGUCCUCCCAACUCCGUAAUCAAGAGGAUGCGAAAGAGUGGCUGAGGUCCCAUUCAGCAGGAGGGCUUCAGGAUACUGCUGCCAAUUCCCCAUUUUCAUCUGGAUCCAGUAUAACAUCACCCUCUGGGACUAGGUUUAACUUCUCUCAGCUUGCAAGCCCAACCACUGCAGCCCAGAUGAGCCUGUCCAACCCAAGCAUGCUGCGCACCCACAGCCUGUCCAACGCGGAUGGGCCGUACGACCCCUACAGCGAGACGCGCUUCAGGAACAGCUCCAUGUCCCUGGAUGAGAAGAGCAGGACCAUGAGCCGCUCCGGCUCCUUCCGCGACGGCUUCGAGGAAGUGCAUGGCUCUUCCCUCUCUCUGGUGUCCAGCACAUCAUCUGUUUAUUCAACGCCUGAAGAGAAGUGCCAGUCAGAGAUCCGCAAGCUGCGCAGAGAGUUGGACGCGUCCCAGGAAAAAGUGUCAGCUCUGACAACUCAGUUGACUGCCAACGCUCACUUGGUGGCAGCGUUUGAGCAGAGCCUGGGAAACAUGACCAUCAGACUGCAGAGCCUGACAAUGACAGCAGAACAAAAGGACUCAGAACUGAACGAGUUAAGGAAGACAAUUGAACUCCUGAAGAAGCAAAAUGCUGCUGCUCAGGCUGCCAUCAAUGGAGUCAUCAACACACCUGAGCUCAACUGCAAAGGCCCUGGAGCUCCUCAGCCCGCAGACCUGCGGAUCCGAAGGCAGCACUCGUCGGACAGUGUCUCCAGCAUUAACAGUGCCACCAGCCACUCCAGUGUGGGCAGCAACAUCGAGAGUGAUUCCAAGAAGAAGAAGAGGAAGAACUGGGUAAGUGUACUACGCAGCUCCUUCAAGCAAGCUUUCGGCAAAAAGAAAUCUCCCAAAUCAGCAUCUUCUCAUUCAGAUAUUGAGGAGAUGACUGAUUCCUCAUUACCUUCUUCACCAAAGCUGCCACACCAUAACUCCACUGUUUCGACACCGUUGCUGAGAGCUUCCCAUUCCAAUUCUCUAAUUUCUGAAUGCACUGACAGCGAAGCCGAAACGGUCAUGCAGCUGCGCAAUGAGCUGAGAGACAAGGAGAUGAAGCUGACUGAUAUUCGCCUGGAAGCCCUCAGCUCUGCUCAUCAGCUUGACCAGCUGAGGGAGGCCAUGAACAGAAUGCAGAGUGAGAUUGAGAAGUUAAAAGCAGAAAACGAUCGUCUGAAAUCUGAAAACCAUGGCAGCUGUAGCAGGGCUCAGUCUCAGGCUUCCAUUUCAUCCUCUCCAAGGCAUUCAGUGGGUCUCUCUCAGCACAGUUUGAACCUCACGGAGUCAACCAGUCUCGAUAUGCUCUUAGAUGACACUGGAGAUGGCUCUGUCCGGAAAGAAGGAGGCAGACAUGUCAAAAUAGUUGUCAGCUUUCAGGAUGAAAUGAAAUGGAAGGAGGAUUCCAGGCCGCGUGCCUUCCUCAUAGGCUGCAUCGGAGUCAGUGGCAAGACCAAGUGGGACGUUCUGGAUGGGGUCGUCAGGCGGUUGUUCAAGGAGUACAUCAUCCACGUGGAUCCUGUCAGCCAGCUGGGGCUGAACUCAGACAGUGUCCUGGGCUACAGCAUUGGAGAAAUCAAGCGCACUAACAGUGCAGAGACACCUGAGCUGUUGCCCUGUGGCUACCUGGUUGGAGAAAACAACACUAUUUCAGUUACCAUCAAAGGUAUCUGUGAGAACAGUUUGGAUGGCCUGGUGUUUGAGUCGCUGAUCCCAAAGCCUAUUCUGCAGCGCUAUGUCUCUCUGCUGAUGGAACACAGACGGAUUAUCUUAUCUGGCCCCAGUGGCACUGGCAAGACCUACCUGGCUAACCGGCUCUCGGAGUACAUGGUCCUUAGAGAGGGCAGAGAGCUGGCUGAUGGCAUCAUUGCAACCUUCAAUGUGGACCAUAAAUCCAGUAAGGAACUCCGCCAGUACCUGUCCAACCUAGCAGACCAGUGCAACAGUGAGAAUAAUGCUGUGGAUAUGCCUCUGGUCAUCAUCUUGGAUAAUUUGCAUCAUGUUAGCUCCCUAGGAGAGAUCUUUAAUGGACUCCUGAACUGCAAGUACCACAAAUGUCCCUACAUUAUUGGCACCAUGAACCAAGCCACCUCCUCAACACCUAACCUUCAGCUUCACCAUAAUUUCAGAUGGGUGCUAUGUGCUAACCACACUGAGCCAGUCAAAGGCUUUCUGGGCCGAUUCCUGAGAAGAAAACUAAUUGAGACAGAGAUCAGUGGCAGGAUGAGAAAUGCAGAACUGGUUAAAAUUAUUGAUUGGAUUCCCAAGGUGUGGCAACACCUGAACAAAUUCUUGGAGGCUCACAGCUCCUCUGACGUUACUAUUGGUCCUCGGCUCUUCCUCUCCUGUCCCAUAGAUGUAGAUGGUUCAAGAGUUUGGUUUACUGACUUGUGGAACUACUCCAUCAUCCCUUAUCUUCUGGAGGCAGUCAGAGAAGGGCUACAGCUCUAUGGGAGGAGAGCACCCUGGGAGGAUCCUGCCAAGUGGGUCAUGGACACCUACCCCUGGGCAGCCACCCCGCAGCACCACGAGUGGCCUCCUCUGCUGCAGCUGCGACCUGAAGAUGUGGGCUUUGAUGGCUACUCCGUGUCACGGGAAGGUUCCACCAGCAAACAAGUCCCCGUGAGUGAUGCCGAAGGAGAUCCUUUGAUGAACAUGCUAAUGAGACUGCAAGAAGCAGCCAACUACUCCAGUCCUCAGAGUUACGACAGUGACUCUAACAGCAACAGCCAUCACGAUGACAUCCUCGAUUCGUCUCUGGAGUCGACGUUGUGAUCUUCCUCAGAUGUAAAUGGGUUGGUUCCAUUCUUACUCUCCCACUUUGCAAGAACUCUGGUCACUGACUCAUGACAAGAACAUGUUCCUGGGCUGGGCUGGGACCUCAGUAUUAGAGCUGCAAGAACAAGAAGACACUUGGAGUCAGUCUUGAACCUGGGUGCAGGCAACCCAAGCAACCUUUGUAGUGUUUUUGUUUUGAGGAUGAUGAGAACUGCACUAUUCCUUUGUUUUCUUCAGUUUAGUUGCUGUAAGCUCUCAUGCCUAAGAUAGUGAAGAUGGUAAAAAUGAUCAUCAUUACUAAAAGUUGAAGGGGCAGGGGGGAAUUUCACAGCUAUGAAGCAAACAGCUUUGUGCCAUGUACUGUCCUGAAGGAGAGGGGAGAGGAUAUUUUUGCCUAUGCUGCUUCUGACCAAACACAUUUAGGUGAGGGCUGGACUUGUACCAAUCAGCUUUGCAGAUUAAACUCAGCUUCAUAUAGUUCUGGUGCUAUAACAAUACUGCUUGCCUUGGUAAUAAUACUCAAAAAAAAACCCACAAAGGCAAAGCUGCAAAACAGGGAAGUUUGAAUAAAGUUUAAAAUAAAAAUAUAAAGAAAAAAAAAAGAAGUGCUGCUCUCCUUGCCAGUCCAAGACCUUGGCUGUCUUUCAUUGUGUGUUUGUAAAGAGAUAUAUAUAAAUAGGAAUAUAUGAAAAAAUAUAUACAGGCUGAACAAGUCAGGGGUUUUCAAACACUGUGUAACAAUCAAUCCUGCUACAAGCGAAAGAUCAGGUAGCCCUUUGCUGGUCAGGGCCUGAUUCUCUUCCCACUUACAUCCACCUAACCAACUCAGUUGACUUCAGUGGCAUGACACCAAUCUAUUUAUAGCCAGGAAAGGAGCUUCCCUCCUCCACAGAAGUCAGCGACAGGACCGUGCCCCAUGAAGUCCUGCAGCCCCCACGAACCUUUGGUGGUGCAAAGGCUGUGCACGGAGGUGAGCUUCACCCCUGAGAAGGGGCUGAGUUGGACUUCCUGGGUUUAGUUCUUGCCAUGACAUGUUACAGCUGUUUUCUAAAAGCUUUGGGUUUUAUUCAGAGGUUUCGUUCCAAUCAGCACAACCACAAAGAGGUUCAUUACAACUCAGCUCCGUGGCACUGCCAGUGCUACCCUGAUGACAAGAUGUAUUUCUGCGGCUUUUCAGUUGCAGAGGAGUAGAAUAGAAUGAAUAUUUAGCAGUAUUCAGGUCAGGAAGAGAAGGAGGGAAGGUGCUGUGUCUUUGAAGUUUAGCUGGGCCAUACUUCUGGCAGAGCUGUGAACCUGAUUCUAUUUCUCCUCCUCUCCGAACGCACACACCUACUGGGUCAGUGUUCAGGCUUGUACUUCUCUUGGGGAACAGGAACACCUCCCAAAGAAUUGCACUUUCCUCUUGAUGGAAGCAGAUGCUCACACCACCACCACCAGGUCGGCUGUACCUCAGCAAACGCAUCACUCCUCACUCUCGAUCUGUACGAGCCUUUCCAGCUGUCUUUUGGUGCUGACUUUUAAAACGAUGCCUUAUUUUGUACUAAUUGUGUUUUGGUUAAAUUAGUGCUGUAUAUUAUGGGGUUUUAUUUAAAGAAACAGGGCUAAAGUCAUCUCUUGGAAUAUCAUGAGUUGCUGUGAAUAUUGUUUGUAUCAGAUACUAGAAUUUGUUUAAAUGUGAGACAAAGAAAAAGGAGGGAAAUGAACUUUUCAGGUUCAUAUCGAUCUGCAGUUAACAAUAAAUCACUGGAGAGGUGUUUUAUCCAUGCAGAAGGGGGGAAAAAACUCUUUUCAACCACACUAAAUGCUGUCCGUAAUAACUUACAGGAAUAUGCUGCGUUUUCCAUGAACAGGAAGAAAACUUAGUGUGAACACUUUUGCAAGAGCUUGUGGGUUUAAAGUCAUAUAAGAGACAAGUCCAUGCUUCUGUGACUCAGCUUGAGAGGAUUGUUUGAUUAUACCUCAUGACUUUCUGUAACAGAACUACUUUGUCUUACUGAGCUGGUCUUGAAUCUGCUCUUGUUACAACUUUUAAGUGCUGAUUACAUUUUUUUCCCCUUUUGUUUUUUUAAAGAAAAGAAAAAUAUUGUAAAAAAAAAUAUUUUAAUGACGGGGGGAGAAGAGCUUGGUGUUGUUACUGUUUUAACCUUCUGAACUCUCGUUGCAUUAUCUCACUCAAUGAACUAUAAAGGGUUAACUCAGCCAACGUUCCUAAUCCAAUUCUUGGUACUGUAAACAUGGGAUAAAUCUGUGUGGACUCAAAUACCCAGCAUGCUGAUGAGGAGUUUGAGAGAGAUUCGUUUUUCCAGUAGUCCUGACAAUUCUGCUUCCCAGCAUUGACUUUACCUGCUACUACUGUGAACUUUGGUACCUAAUCCCCCACCUGAAUCCAUGCAGACAGAGCAUGUGCCUGGGAAAAAGAAAAGAAUCCAGUUGCAGGGCUCAGGCUUUAAAUGGACUUAACAUCCAGAAAAUGUCUCAGCCUUUAACUGAAUGCUAAAGACAUCUUUUAAAUGGUCUUUUAUUUGUGGGGAAAUGGGGUAAAAUUGGGGUUUUUUUCCCUUAUUUUUAAUCCUGUGCUCAAGCUCAGGAAGGAGUUUCUGUUCUUCUUUUGUUGUUGUUGUUGAUACUGUCUUGGUUUACCACGAGAGAGGCAAUUUUGGGUAGGCCACUCACAAUAUUCAAUGUCUUUUCUGAAACUUAGGGAAGCAGAGUUGCCUGUUGUGCACACACCUCUUAGGUUUUUAUCAAGGCUUUUCACAGAUGAAGCCUCUCUUUAAGUGACUUUGUUCUCCUUUAAGGCUUUUUCAUUUCUACUGUUUUUAUUGGGGUGGGGGGAAGAGUUUUUUUUUCCCUUGACAACGUUGGCUUGUUUGACAACAAAUAAAUAACUAAAUCCACCAGAAAGAAAUGCAAGAUUCUAUGCAACAUUCACAUGGAGUUAGAAAUUGAAAGCAUAAACCAUAUUCUUUUCCUUCUUCAAAACUGCCAAGGAUGCUACAGGCCAUAAAUAAGCUGUGGUUUAUUUGGGGCAGUGAGGGUGGGGGUGGGAGGGUGUUGGUUAAGCCUUUUCCUUUUGUACAUUUUGGAAGAAGCAAACUGGUAUUUCGUUGUUGAUGCUUAACUUGGAUAUUCUGUGUAUGAAAUCUUGUCUUAAAUGUGGCAAUUUUCUUUUGGGGGGCGGGGGGGGGGGAAGAAAAGAAAAGAAAAAAACAAAACCAGACACAGACAGACACAAAAAAAAAAGGGCAAAAAAAAUAAAAUUCAAAAAAAAGAGAACUCUUUUUUGUGGGUAUUGAAUGGAAGGUUGCUGUUUUGAUCUAGUCGUUUCCAGUGGAACAGUUUAUGAACCAUGUUCUAUAAGAUGUACAUUUUUUCAUUGUAACAUAGAAAAUGUAAAUAUUUGAUUAAAAGUGCUGCAUUUUGAUGAAUUUUUUCUAGCCAUUUUUAAAGAGAAAAAAAAAAAGCAAACUAGGAACUGAGUAUUUUGUGUACGUUUAUGAUGGGUUGGUUUGGUUUGGGUUUUUUUUCCUCCCCUUUGCUCCUCUCCCUAUUUAAUUUUCAGUUCUCAUUUAGGAUUGGAAUUUGUGAAUGGUCUGUUUGAGAUCAUGCCUCCCUUUUCUCUCCCUUCCCCGCUUCUCACUCUCCCCCUCCCCUGUGUCAUGGAGAAUAAAGCUGAUGAUUGUACCAGUCUUAAAUUAUUCAUGAUUCAAUAAAAUUGAUGCUUAUUUAUUCAGA